UUUAACACUUGUUGUAGAUUUACUACUCGUAGUAAUACUAAUCUCCCGUAGGUGACCCCCAGCAUCAUAUUUUAUCAGCUGAAGACCCGAUAACUGUUGGUAUAGUCAAGUUCUAGAGGCUCUAACGACAAAUAAACAAACGUAGUCUUCCAUCCACUGGACCAUAGUCUUAGACAAGUAGCCAGUAGUGGCUGGAUGAGAUAGGCAGAUGACAGAAUGUUUCAAUCUGGUGCUCUUUGUGAGAGGCCCAUGUUUAGCAGUGGUUGAUAACAACUGGCUGAUCGUGGCAGAAAGCAAACCUUCCUUCCACCAUCCUUAAGUAUUUAUAGUAUGUAGGACUUUUUAUAUGAGGUAGGUAUAAAAGAAUAGUGCUUGGAAGGUUAAUGUGCAUUAUUGUCCUGUUCACAUUACUUAACCAAUUAUAAUUUUCUUCAUAAAGUGCAACUGUCUCAUAGAGAUCAGCUCAGUUCUAGGCCACACCUGGUUUAGUCAAGAAGUCGACAAUGAUUUUCUUCUUAACAACUAUAUCUUUAAUUAUAUUGGUAUUAGUUAGUGUAUAUCAAAAGAAAACCAAUGCGGUGUGCUCGUCCAAAGCAAAGCUCGAUGGAAAGACAGCUAUAAUAACAGGAGGAACAUCUGGCAUGGGACUCGAAAUAGCCAAAGAUUUCGCACGACGUGGCGCAAAAGUUAUAAUUGUGUGUCCCUUUGACGAAGAAGGAAGACAUGCUAAAAAUCUGAUAGAGAAAGAAACGGAAAACAAAAACGUGGUGUUUAUGAACCUUGAUCUUGGAUCUUUAAAAUCAGUUCGAAAGUUUGCAGGGAAUUUAUUAUCGAAUGAAAAUCGACUAGACAUUUUAGUGAACAAUGCUGGUGUUGGAAUACCUGGUGAAUUCUUUACAGAUGAUGGACUCAAUUUUAUCAUGCAAGUGAAUUAUUUUGGACAUUUUCUGUUAACUGUGCUACUCUUGCCAUUAUUAAUGAAAUCAGCACAUAGCAGGGUAGUGAACACAUCGUCAGUACUGCACAGAUUUGGAGAAGUGGACCUCAAGUGGCUGAAUAGCUCGGGGUAUUACUAUCUGAUUCAGUUGUACUGCAACAGCAAGUUUUGUAUGAUACCGUUCGCUCGAGCCCUAAAGAAAAGAUUGCAAGGAUCGGAUGUCGUAGUAAACUGCGUGGAUCCUGGUUUGGUGGGAACAAGAAUUUGGUCCAGUGGUAGGGUACCGUUUGUGGGACGUAUUUUGACUAUUAUUUGCAAUGUGAUGUUUAAAACCCCUAUGGAGGGAGCACAGACAGCUAUUCAUGUAGCUGUGGAUGAAAACGCUGGGUCAGUCAGCGGGGAACUGUUCAAAGACUGCAAGAUAAUAAAAGCUACAUCGUCUGCUUACAGUGACAAGACUGCAGAUGAACUGUGGGAAGAGUCCAUCAAGUUGGUGAAAUUAAGCAAAGAAGAACUGAGUUUUUUGUGAAUAAAUUGUAUAAGUAAUAAUUAUUGUAACGUGAAUUUUUUGGUACUUCUACACUUCAAUCAUAAUGAAAAAAUACCAAUUUGAUCCCGCAUCUCUUUUGUGAGAAGUAGGUGCGUUGCCUACUCGUAACUUUAAUGCCAUGGGCCUCCUGCAGAAUGUAGGGUAAUUAUUUUAUACAUCGUAUGCCGUACAUUCAUUUUCCUCAAUAUAAAUUUUGCAGUCCAUUGUGUUUUAUUUAUAGCUAAUAAGGUGGUUAAUGAAUGCAUUUUGAUUUUACAACCUGACAAUCAGUUAGGCUAUCUAUGUUUUAUGGUGAUUGCAAAGUUUUUAAACGAGAUAUGAUAGGGCCAUUUGCCAAAGCUAUUAACCCACGUAGUACAAGACGUGACCUUAUUUACAGCCAUAUCAUUAUAAAUGACCUGUUAUUGCCGUAAGUAUUACCUACCUAUAAAUGAAGAUAUUAUUACUCUAAUUUACAUUUGAACUCAUCUGAAACAUGAACAAUGAAGUAAAAAGUUAACAAUGUAGAAGCAUGACUCUGAAUAAUCAUCCUACCUU